AUGAAGAUUUUGUCUUUUGAUAUCCUUGUGGUAAUUUUCUCAGCUGUCCUCUCAACAGCUCAUCAUGAAGUCUACCUUAACGUUACGGCCGUAACGCAUAUUAAUGGUGAAUCGGCACUGCAGUGCUGGCAGCUACCAGGCCGUUUCAGGGCGUCGUUGGAAGCCGGAGCGGCAAACGGGUCUUACGCCUUGCUCGGCGACAAGGCCGCCAACGCGAUACUCACCGUAAUCCCGGCGGGUUCGGACGGUGGCUUCCAUCACGCCGAGCCGCAGUGGGUAUACUUUAUCACAGGCCUUGCCCAUAUCACGCUUCCACUCAGUUCCGACCAGGCUUGGAUCAACGGCGGAAAGUACGGACUGGUGUGGAUUGGUGACCGGGCCAACGUGAGUCGUCUCGGACACCGUAUUUUCUUCGCCGAGCAGAGCGUGACGCUCAGCCUACUAAGCGAGGACGACCGCGAGCCGACACAUACAGUCGUUCGGCAAGGUGCCUGUCUGCCACAGGAUGUUCUGGGGCUGGCAACCCUGGGAGAAAAGUGUCCAGACUAUGUCGCUUGCGAGUAA